AUGGCGGCGAAGAAGAGCGUGGGGGAUCUGAAGGAGGCGGAUCUGAGGGGGAAGAAGGUGUUCGUGAGGGUCGAUCUCAACGUGCCCUUGGACGACGCCCUGAACAUCACCGACGACACCCGGAUCCGCGCGGCCGUGCCCACCAUCAAGCACCUCAUCAGCAAUGGCGCCAAAGUCAUCCUCGCCAGCCACCUGGGGCGCCCAAAGGGUGUCACACCCAAAUAUAGCUUAAGUCCUCUUGUGCCAAGGUUAUCUGAACUCCUUGGCAUAAAGGUUGAGAAAGCCGAUGACUGUAUCGGUCCGGAAGUUGAGAAAUUGGUCUCCGAGCUCCCAGAGGGUGGUGUGUUACUUCUUGAGAAUGUAAGGUUUUAUAAGGAGGAGGAGAAGAACGAUCCAGAGUUUGCAAAGAAGCUUGCGUCCCUUGCAGACCUUUACGUGAAUGAUGCAUUUGGAACUGCACAUAGAGCACAUGCAUCAACAGAGGGUGUCACAAAGUUCUUGAAGCCCUCUGUUGCUGGUUUCCUCUUGCAAAAGGAACUUGAUUACCUCGUUGGAGCUGUUUCAAACCCCAAGCGCCCAUUCGCUGCCAUAGUAGGUGGUUCAAAGGUGUCAUCUAAGAUUGGAGUCAUCGAAUCGCUGUUGGAGAAAGUCGAUAUUCUUCUUUUGGGUGGCGGUAUGAUAUUCACCUUCUACAAGGCACAAGGGCUUUCAGUGGGUUCUUCCUUGGUAGAGAAUGACAAACUCGAUCUUGCAACAUCACUUCUCGCAAAGGCAAAAGAGAAGGGGGUCUCCCUUUUGUUGCCGACUGACGUUGUCAUUGCCGACAAGUUUGCCCCCGAUGCAGAAAGCAAGGUUGUGCCAGCCUCCGCAAUCCCCGACGGUUGGAUGGGCUUAGAUAUUGGACCAGAUUCUAUUAAGACCUUCAGUGAUGCUCUUGAAACGACCAAAACUGUUAUCUGGAACGGACCUAUGGGGGUUUUCGAAUUCGAUAAGUUUGCGGUUGGAACCGAGGCAAUUGCAAAGAAGUUGGCGGAGCUUAGCGGGAAAGGAGUUACAACGAUCAUCGGAGGUGGAGAUUCCGUCGCUGCUGUUGAGAAAGUGGGCGUGGCCGAUGUAAUGAGCCACAUAUCGACAGGUGGAGGAGCCAGCUUGGAGCUAUUGGAAGGGAAGGAGCUUCCAGGUGUUGUUGCACUGGAUGAAGCUGUCCCUGUAGCUGUAUGAGGUUCUUCUCUUUUUGGUUUUUUUCCUUUUCCUUUAUCCAUUCCCUGUCUCCUGGUGUUGUAUAAUGAAGGUAAAGACACAAUUGCCCUGACUUGUUGUAUCAGAGUUUACUGUGUGUAGAGUUAUUCGGGCUGUUGGAAAGCAGAGCAUUACUCUGCCCAUUUAUGUUUUCCAAAUGAGUCGGAUGAAUAAAAUUCCUGUUUUUGUAACCAUGAGCUUCUGUUACAGCUCUUAAACGUACCUAGAAUAUGUGGGCA